AUGAAGGCCUCACUCAUCCUCGCUCUUCCCGCCCUUGCCAUCGCGGCUGCUACUCCACAGAUGGAGGAGCGACAGCUCCCAACUCGUUCUGUCUUCAACGCUGCCUGUCUACUCAAAAUCCCUGGCAUCCUCGAGUGCCUCCCCGGCCUUAACGUCAAUAGCGAUAUUGGCAUCUUCGAUGUCUUUGGCUGCGCCGAGGACCUUCUGGAUGACAUCACCGCUUGCCUCAAUGUCAGACUUCCUACCGUCCCCGGUACCAAAUAA